AUGACUUUACCAUAUGAAAACACAUCAUACAUUGUCUUAUUUACUAUGUCUGGAAUGAAAGAUUUGAUGCCAAAACAUGUUUUUCUUUUAUUAUCUCUGUCUGUUUAUCUCCUAAUUAUUUUUUUAAACCUCACAUUGAUCAUUACAAUUAUUUUAGAGAAGUCUCUGCAUGAGCCUAUGUAUCUCUUUGUAUGUAAUCUCUGUUUAAAUGAACUGUAUGGGACAACAGGAUUUUAUCCUAAAUUUAUGUAUGAUCUGUUUUCACCUUCUCAUGUUAUAUCAUAUAUUGGAUGUUUAACACAGUCAUUUGUGAUAUACUCAUCUUUUAUGUGUGAAUAUACAACUUUAGUUGUAAUGGCUUAUGACAGAUAUGUAGCAAUAUGUAGGCCAUUAGAAUAUCACAUUAUUAUAGGAACCCAGACAGCAGCAAAAGCUAUUCUAUACUCAUGGGCCUUUCCCUUUAUAGCUGGGCUUCCAACAGUAAUAUUUACCAGCCAAAUGCCAUUGUGUGGAUCACAUAUAGAUAAACUUUAUUGUGACAACUGGUCUAUUGUCAAGCUGUCUUGUGUUCCAAGUACAGCCAACAAUGUGUAUGGAUUUGUUGUCAUCUGUAUAUUCACAGCACAUGCAAUAUUUGUUAUGUUCUCCUAUCAGAGAUUAGUUGUUGCUUGUACAAAAUCUAAUGACAGCAAAAAAAAGUUCAUGCAAACCUGUGUGCCACACUUGCUUUCACUGAGUAAUCUCACAGUGGCCUUACUCUUUGACACAAUGUUCAGUCGAUAUGGGUCAAAAGAGUUUCCAGAACAUCUGCGCAAUUUUGUCCAAGUUGAAGUCCUUGUUAUUCCUCCUCUUCUCAAUCCACUUAUGUAUGGCCUUAAGCUCUCAGGGGUGAGAAAUAGACUUUUUUAUAGAGGCUGCUGGAUUCAGACAGUGGAGGCAGCACAGGGAAACAUGGCCACACCAGUGCAUUUUCCUAAACAAUACACAGCCACACCAUACUGCAGGAAGGAUGCAGUUGACACCACUCCAACCAGAGCCUGGGGCACAGUAAACACUGUGCCACCCAGAGUUUGGGGUACAGUAAACAAUGCACCAUGCCAAGUUCGGGGCAUGGUAAACACAGCGCUACUCGGAGCUUAA